UUCGUACAUAUCCUUUUUCCCCUUUCUAUUUUCCUCUUCUCUAGCUUCCUUUUCUGCAAAUUUUUCUUCCAUCGAAACGACGUCGAAAAAUCAAAAGAAACAAAAAGAGAAAACCCUAGCCCUCUCUCGCCCCAAAUCUCCAAAAUCUCGCGCUAUUAUCUCUCGUUUUCUUGCGAAUGCGAUUCUUUCUUCGGCUCGCAUGAGCCUUGCUUGCGUUCUUGCCUUUCUUGAGAAUCACCACCACCAGCACCACUGAAAGGGAUUUCAAUGGCGGAAGGAGAAGAACGAGGAGGAGAAGGGAAGAGGAGAUUCCGCAUAGGUUACGCGCUCGCACCGAAGAAGCAGCAGAGCUUCAUCCGCGACUCGCUCGUUUCCCUCGCCCGCUCGCGCGGUAUCGACCUCGUAAGGGUCGACACAAAUCUACCAUUGUCGGAGCAGGGUCCAUUCGAUUGCCUCCUCCACAAGCUAUACGGCGACGACUGGAAGCGCCAGCUGAGGGAAUUUGCGGCGGCGAACCCUAAUGCGGCGGUUCUUGACUCGCCGGAGGCGAUCGAGCGGCUCCACAACCGGAUUUCGAUGCUGCAGGUGGUUUCGGAGCUGAGAAUCGAGUGCCGCUGCAGCGGUGAGACAUUUGGAAUCCCGAAGCAGAUCGUGAUCUACGACAAAGAAACACUGUUCGACCGGCAGGCGUGGGAGACGCUGAAGUUUCCGGUGAUCGCUAAGCCGCUCGUCGCCGACGGCAGCGCCAAGUCGCACAAGAUGGCGUUGGUGUUCAGCCACGAUGGCCUCAACAAGCUGAAGCCACCGAUCGUUCUGCAGGAGUUCGUUAACCACGGCGGCGUCAUCUUCAAGGUGUAUGUUGUCGGCGAGCGCGUGAGAUGCGUGAAGAGGAAGUCCCUCCCCGACGUCUCCGAAGAGAAGAAGGUCUCGGACGAGGUCCUCUCGUUCUCUCAGGUGUCGAAUUUGGCGGCGAACCAGACUAUUGAUGACAGUUACUACGAGAUGAUGCAUUUGGGUGAUACCGAGAUGCCGCCGUUGAGCUUUGUCACGGACAUUGCUCGGGGAUUGAGGAAGGUGAUGAAGCUGAACCUCUUUAAUUUUGAUGUCAUUAGGGAUUCCCGGUAUGGGAAUCGGUACCUUAUUAUUGACAUCAAUUACUUCCCAGGGUAUGCAAAAAUGCCUGGCUAUGAGGCUGUCUUGACAGAUUUUUUCUGUGAUGUGUUGUGCAAGAAAACCGAAGAGGAUGGCACAGCGGGUGCCAUUGCGGAGGAAAGUGCCGGUUCGGAGAGGUGUUGGCAGGGUUGUGAUGAUUCAAGGUCCAUUGUGAGCGGUAGUUUUUGUGGAGAUGGGGAUGAGGGUAACCUUCAAGUUUCAAGUCUUGGCAUGGAAGAGAAAGAGAGUUCUGUUCAAGUAUGAGGAUUUUUCUUUUUCUUUUUCUUUUUCUUUACUUUUUUUCCCAAACGAAUAAUGUGUUUCUCAUAUAAUGCACUCUGUCAUUGACUGGUGAUUUUGGGUAACCUGAAUUUGCAAACUGGACCCAUUAACCAGUUGGUGGUUAGACAUGAGCUGCACAUUCUGUUUAGGGGUAGCCAGUUGGUACAGUGGUGGAAUUGGUAGGGUUGUUUGUGCUAGUUUUUUAACCUCUUAACAUGUAUAUUCCUUACAGCAUUGCUCAGGAGAUAGAUAGUUCUCAAAUACCUGAAGCUUUAGGAAAGUUGUAUUUUGAGGCUUAAGUUCAUGCUAGAAACUGCUUUACGUUGUUUGUUUUUGCAUUUAAUUCGAUGCCUUAAUUCUUCCUUUGAUCAAUUCUAUCCUCGUUUUGGAUUUCUUGAUUUCUGCAUUCACAAUGAUUGUGAUUUUAUCGUUAGUUGUUAUAACCUACACUUGACUGAUAGCUAUCUUGUUUACUAAGUCAUGAUGUUCCUUAUUAUAAGAGAUUGCUACUGAAUAUGCCUUAAAAUGUGGUCAAUUGCGGUUGUCAAUUGUGGUUGUGUUGCUAUUGCUAAAAAGUCUGGAAAAAUGCAGCUGAUGCAACGGCUACAAUUGAGGUAAUGCAUAUUGUCUAAGGUUGUGGUGCAGUUUAAUUGGUUGUAUGUGGGGUAAUGCAUAUUCUAUAUAAAAAUGAAAUACUGAUUAUUCCGUGUUUACAGUGCAUUUUCAAAAGUAGUGUGUUCUCAGUUUGUAGGCAUUUUUGGGCUGAAUCUGAUUUACUUUUAGAAUUCUUAAUUUCUUAUUUUCUGCCUAUCUUUGAUAAAAUGCAAAGACAUUACCUGAUUAAUAACUGUGAUCUAUUGGGAAUUGAAGCAAAUAUGUUCAGCACCAGUGUCGUGCUGGGGUAUAAAUAUAUGAUUAACAAACUGAAUUGGACAUUCGUGUUAUUGGCUUACGGCUUUUUGGUGCAAUUGAGAUGGAUUAUUAGCAAAGAUAGCCUUUUUCUCCAGUUGUUUUUGUUUGACCAAGUUAUUAUUAUUUUCAUUUUUGGGUAGCAAGCAUUGAGUUUUGUCUACUAUGAGCAAGAGAUCUACCCAAUAAGUGCUACUCUAUGGUGAUGCUUAUUUACUGGUAUUCUUCGGCUUGAUAUAUUGGAAAGAGAUUCUUGUUGAUGCACAUGAUCAGUGGUUUUCAUUUUCUUUUCCUUUCAUAAUUUCCUUAUACUUAACCUCGAGUUUUAUCAUCUAUUGAGGUGCAUAAUGUAGAUUAGCAAACAACAUAUAUUUUCGGAUUUUGGGUUAGUGCAUUGUGCUGUACUGAAUCAACUCAGUUAAAUGGAAUUAUAUACUGAUUUCACUACUAAGUUUACUACGUUCAUAUUAAUAUGCUGUGCAAUUGAUCAAUAAGUAGGCACUGCUCAAUGAUCUUGAUUGAUAGAAGUGCCCAUGGAGAAGUUAUUAGGUACUGAAAUGAUGCGAGUGUAGUUGAUCUUUUUUAUGGUCCAGUGUAAGAAGCAGAAAAAUAAGGUACAUGAUCAUUUAUAUUAAUCUAAAGGCUAAUGGGUGCUUGCAUGAUUCUAAAUUUUUCUGUGACCUGGUGGCUAUGUGUCAUGAUAUGUGCUUUCAUAGUAUGAUCCAUUGUAGUUCUUCCUGUGUUAUCAUUUUUACUUUAUUUCUGUCGUCUUUUGAAUGCUUUUUGUUAUUUAACCUUCGAUAUGUAGGGAAGUUGGUAUUGGUUAGCGAAUGUAAUUCUACACACUGCAUUGAAGAAUAGCGUUUUAUUGUGCUUUGCUUUUGGUUUCACACUAGAACAAUGUAAACUGGCUGUGCAUCAUAGUGUUCUAGCUGAGAUUAACAUUUCUUUUUUGCAAGUAAAUGGGUAAGAUAGCCCCUCUAAAAUCAUCCCCUAAUAUUUGUCUGAGCACUUAAGAAACCCAGCUCCCACUAACAUGAACCUAGCAACUCAUUUUCCUUGCUCGUCCCUUAACACACCUUGAGGAGGAGGAUGCCAUGCGACAUGGAUUUCUUGUCUCACCGCCGAGGUGUUGAUGAGAGUCAAAAGUCUCCUUCUUCCCACCAGCAUGUCACUAAGAACACUGAGCAACCUUGUAUAUUUUGGUUCACCGUUCAGCUGAGAUUAACAUGUUGAGAGGACCAAAUCCUCUCCAAUUAAAUAUUAACACAACAAUACAAGAUAUAGUUUUUUU